CCUGCCAUAUAGCGCACUUGAAUGUAUUGUACGUCAACUGGCAGACAACCGAAAUGUGGCAAAAUAAGAUGAAUGUAAUUUUUCUUCAAUCUGGGCAACCCUAAUAUGAACUGAGCAGAAAGUGCAGUGUGAUGGUUAUGGUGUUAAUGAUGGAAUCGCAAUGCGAAUACUUUAUGUAUUUCCCGGCCGUCCCCAUCUCAGACCUGUCGGACCCGGCCAAAUACCGGACGCUUCCGCGUCGCAGUCACCUUUAUCUGGGGGAAACUGUGCGCUUUCUCCUGGUUUUGCGCUCGAGCACUACGGCAGCUGAUGGCAGCGGCUCGGAGCAUCACAACAGUCGCUCUUGGAGGGAGCUGGCCGGCUCUCUCUGCGCCGUGGCCAGCGUUAGCCCGGGCGACAACCGACAGCGGACACAGCCUCUGUAUCACGACUACCACAGCAGCGGGGACGAGUGUGUGGAGGAUACGGACGAUGAUGAUGCUGCGGAGGUGGGCUGCGCAGGUAGAGGGGGCCCGAGGUACCGGGGCUUCAGGGAAUGCAAGCCGCUCCUCAUUCACAACAACCCCGGCAACGGCGUGAGGGAAUUCCGCAAGGCUCCUGUGCAGUCUCCUGUAGAUGAGCCAGUUGUUUUAAGUGAUGAGGUCAUCUUCCCUCUGACUGUAUCCCUGGAUAAGCUCCCUGUCAACACUCUCAAAGUAAAGAUAAUUGUGACUGUGUGGAAACAAGAAGAGGAGAAAGCUGAGAUCCAAGAACAUGGCUACCUCAGUAUCCUCCAACAAAAGAGCCCCUGCAUAACGUUCCGCCAGGAUCUAAACACCUUCAAAGCGCAGGUCAGCACCACACUCAACGUCCUGCCCCCUCCCGCGGUGAAGUGUCAGCAAAUGACAGUUUCCGGGAGACACUUAACUGUCCUCAAAGUGUUAAACGGGAGUUCUCAAGAAGAAGUGUGUGUGCGUGACGUCAAAAUUUUCCCCAACUUCAAUGCUUCAUACUUACCAGUGAUGCCAGAUGGCUCGGUGCUGCUGGUGGACAAUGUUUGUCAUCAGUCGGGAGAAGUUGCCAUGGCAUCAUUUUAUAGAAUGGACAGCGAGUCGAGCCACCUUCCCAGCAUGCUCAGUGCUCUAGAGGAGCAGAACUUUCUCUUCCAGCUGCAGCUCAAUAACCAGCCAGAAGAUGAUUCAACGGAGGGACUGGAGGUGCCAUUAGUUGCAGUCUUACAGUGGUCUACUUCUAAACUGCCCUUCACCAACUUUAUCUACACUCACUAUAGUCUCCCCAGCGUAAGACUGGACCGACCACGCUUUAUUAUGACCGCCAGCUGUCCCAGUGCGGUCAAGGCCCGUGAGCAUUUCCGAGUGCGAUAUACCCUCCUCAACAACUUGCAGGACUUUCUGGCAGUCCGACUAGUCUGGACGCCUGAAGGUCGUGGACAGAAAGAGGAUCCUGCAGUGAAUGCAGUGGUGUGUCAUUCUCCUCUCAGUAACCUGGGUUACUGUCGGAAAGGCAGUACCCUCUCCGUCAGUGUGGCUUUCCAGAUACUCCGAGCUGGCCUUUUUGAGUUGAGUCAGCACAUGAAACUGAAGCUACAGUUCACAGCAUCCGUGUCCAACCCUCCCCCUGAUGCCCGUCCUUUGUCCCGCAAGAACAGUCCGUCGAGUCCAGCGGUCAGAGACAUUCUGGACCGACAUCAGGCCAGUCUCAGUCUGGGCCGCUCUCAGUCCUUUUCUCACCAGCAACCAUCCAAGUUUCACCUCACAAGGACAGGCAGUGUUAUGGAGCGCAGGGCCAUCACCCCUCCCGUGGGCUCUCCUGUUGGUCGGCCGCUGUACCUCCCUCCAGACAGGAACAUUUUGUCACUUGACAAAAUAGCCAAGCGUGAGUGCAAGGUGCUGGUUCUGGAUUCACACACCUAAAUGCACACGCACCCAGGGAGAGGAGUUACAGAUAUUCUCAAACUUUGGGGAAGAACCAUGUGUCAUGAUGUAGUGUAAUUGGAAAAAGGGUUUAAUGUCCAUUGUCUUUCAGUUUCCAUUCUGUAGGUAUUUAUUUUGUUCUUUUUACCAGCAUUUAUUGUUUACAUGCUGUACAGUGUGAUUAUUUUAAAUAAUUUCGAUGCAUUUAAUGUUCGGCUACUGACAAUUUUGACUGAAGGAAUGAAAAGAAAGCAUAAACACACAGGGUUUUUAUUGUUUAUAGGAUGUUUCAAGAAGUUCUGAAAGUGAAAAGUGUAUUUAUUACUGUUUAAGGGAAGAAUGGACGGUUACGGUUACCCAGACAACAACAUAGUGUCGGCCCAGAUCCAGAUAGAAUCCACAUGUACCAGAUGUUGCCCGGAUCUGAGCCGACACUAUAUUACUGUCUGGGUAGUCAUGCACAGAUCAAGAUGGAAUCUGUACACUCAGAAAUGUCAGAUUUCUGAAGAAACUAAAGUUUCUUAAAGAAUGUUGGUUUAGUAGUUAAAUAGCUUGGGUAUUUUGGUAAUGUUUUUAGCUAACAAUUAGAGUCUUAACAUUUCAUGAAACCCACUUUGCUCUUCAAAUCCAUUCUGUAAAACUGUUCUCAAAAAUCAGUGCAGACAAUAUGAAGUCAAUUUUACAAUCCUAUUGUAAAAGCAUGCAACAUGCAAAUGUACGGUUUCCCCCUUCUCUGUUUGCUGCUUAGUUUUGGAUGAUUUUUUUUUUAGAUGUCUUUACAUUUCAUUUGUCAACACUGCCAGCAUUGCCCAUGUUUAAUUCCUCUUUGUCAUUUGCAUUCCACUUUGUAAAAGUGAUUUUAAUUUUUUUUCUUAAAUACUUGAAAGAUGGUUCGCAACUUUGUACCUGCAGGCAAUCAGAAAGUUUCUUUAAUUUCCAGUCCUGUACACUGAAAUGUUGUUUUUUUUUUUGGUCUGGCCUUUAUUAUAUCUUGCAGUGAAACUCCAUGUCACAUAUAUUCCUCACUCAGUCAAUAGUCAUACACACUUGUUGUUAAAUUUAUAUUUAUUUGAUGUUUUCAUUGAAUUAUUUCACUGUUGUAAUGUUAACACUCCAGUUCAUCAAGCUGUGUUCAACUUAUAAAGGUUUCCUAUGUAAUCACUCACAACCUUUCAUUGCCUGAGAGCGGAUAAAUCAAGUCACUUCUGGUUCUUGAAGGUGGAGCUUGUGUUAUUGGCUGGUGCCAUUUUAUUUCUGCUCCUCCUUUUAUGGAUUUAGAGACAUUCUGUCACAUUGCUACUACAGUGUGUGUGCUCUCAAAAAUGUGGUCUAAUGUUUUGCUCCAGAAUGAUCUUAUCCCUCUCCCGCUAGAUAUCCAGGAACAAAUUCCCGGUCAGUGUCAGGGCAGAUUCUGGCCAUACAGUACUAUUGAUUUCUAUGCAUUUAAGCUGAACAUUUGACUUUCACAGAGAGCUUCAUAUAUACAACCCCUUUGGCUGUAGUGAUAAUCAAUUAUCAACUGGCGUAAAGUGUCACCCCAUCGAGCCAUUUAAUGGGGUUAUGAUUGAUUUCUUUGCAUCGAUGUUUACAUGUAAGGACUACUGAAUCAUCCUUAGGACUGAAAAAGCUUUUCUUUUGUUGUGGAAUAUUGCACAUGGUUUUAUAAUGUCUCUGAAGAUAGGACCUUGAAUGUUUAAUUUUUUCGAACUAAAAACUUUGGGAAGACUUCUUAUUCUGCAGAAAUGUAAAACACACUGAUCCAAAACCAUAUUGUAGAUAAAAUGUUUUAAUAUAAACACUGUGAUGUUUUUUUUUUUUUUUUUAAAUUCUCAUUUCACUUGUAAUUUCCAUAUUUGCAUCUUGACUAUGUAUUUGUUAUUAUUUUAUAGUGAAAACUUGUGAAGAAAGGUCACUUAGCACAAUUAGACCGUUUAUUGCAGAAGGAAAUGUUCAGAAAACGUUUGGUAUGCUAUUCUCAAAGGCGUCAAUUUAUCACAUUUAAUUUUCAACAAAGAUGUAGAUGAUAUUGUUUUUCUUUUGUUUGUUUUUUUGUAAGCACUUUAUUUACAUUUUUGUAAGUUAUUUUAGAAGAAAUGUUCAAACAAAGGAGCAUUUGCUUUGAGUUAAAACAUUUUCUUUUUUACACGGAACAAUUAUUAAUUGACGUGGCGGGGAUGAGAAAUGCCAACUCUAACCAUUGGAUUUACUCCAAGUCUGUAUAGAUAUACUGAGGUUAGAAGUUGACAAAAGGUGUCAGAGCUGUUGAGUAUUGUGCUUGUAUUGUGUUUUUUGGACUAUUUGCAUUUUUUAAAUGGCAAAGACUUGAAAGAAGCACUCAAUCAUAUAGAUAACUAGUCGACAAAGACAAUUUUUACUUUUCUGCUCUAUGAACUGCUUUGUGCAUUUUUGUUUUUAUACAGCUUUAAUUACAAUGCUGUUUAAAGGGUUAACAAAAGUGUUCAGAGUUGUUGGAAAUGUGUUAUUGGAUUGUUGCACUUGAACAAGCUGAAUAAAAGCAGUCAGGGGAUAAAUUGUCUUGUUAACUUAUUGACAAAAAAUUGCCAUAAAAUGACUGAAAAUAUAAUUUAUUUCAUAUCAGAUGUUCACAAACAUUUGAAAAUUGCAUUGUUUCCCAAAUCAUAUCACAACUCACACCAAUAAUUACAUAAAGUUCAUAAAUAAGUUACUGAAAGGUUGAUAAACUAUUAACAGAGGUUUUGCUGGUUGCUUCGCAAAGACAUUUGAAAGUGAAUAAAUAUUUUUUUCAAAAUCUUUACAUAUCAA